AUGCCAGUAAUGAUCAAAGUCGCGCAGCAUGCUGCAGAAGCGUUUAGGCCAAAUUGGCGUGAGCAGCACCAAAAUGAUUACAGCACGAACGAAGCCUCGGACGAAAAUCCAGAUAGUUUGUUCUUGCGAGGUUUACUCCAGAAUUUGGCACCGGACACUUCAAAAUCCAAUAGUACUGUACUACAAUCGACACUUACCGAGGAGAUCGCGAGCAAUAUUCUCCCAUCUGGGAACGGUUUAGUGCAUACCUGUCUUGAGGCGUAUAACCAUCAUCGUAAUCUUAUCCUUCGUCCUGAUGAUAUUUGGAUCGCUAUUGUGACUCAAUUCUCAUUCUAUGUGAAUAAGCAUUCUGAGGAACUGCGUUCCUUCUUUGUGGCGCAUGAAGGACAAAAGGAGCUAGUUGUUGAAGAUAAUCAUUUCGACUUCACGGUUUUCACUACUAACAUGGCCGAUAUGAUCCAGAAAAAUAUCGUGGAUAAAAGCUUCCAGUCAUGGAUUUUACCAGCAUUUUCGACCACGACGCAUGUCGACACCAUUGUAUGUAGCUCAGUAAUGAUGAGUACCAUGAAAAGGUACUUCAAUUACAGGUUUCAACUUGAAUGUGGUAUACCUACAGUCACAUUACUCGGAGAGAUAUCAGAUUGGGAAGAAAUUCUUCGCCGACUGGACAAGCUUGAGUCGUUUGGGUCAGCUCACGAAGAAUUGAUAGAGUGGAAGGAGAUGCUUACUCUGGUAAUCCAAAAUAUGAUACUAACCUUCGAAAAUCCUGGAGCCAUAGCCCGAGUUGAUUUCUGGUCAAAAAUUGCUCAUAUUCACAACUUAAGCGGCGGAUCAACUCUAUCCGGGUGGGUUACAGUUUUCUGUGCCUUCAAUGAAAAUGGAGUCUGGAAAGGAGACAACUGGAGAUCAGGGCAUGACACCGGGUCAAUGAGAGAGCCUCCCAAAUAUCCAGUUAUCAAAAUUCAAGAAAUACCUACUGGAAAGUGUGAGGUUAAAGUUCGGAUCAGUGGAAUGAUGAAACUCGAUGCUGUGAUUGUGGCCGGCUUGGUAGGCGCUUUAGUCUCUUCUCAGAAUGGGUAUGAGAUUCUUGACACAGUGCAACCGUACCCAGCAUGGAGCAUCUUCGCCCUGAACAAUGAUAAACGUAUUCAUUCAGGACGAUAAGGGCUUACUACUUUUGGUAUUGUUUGCCAAAUGAGUUGGAUUGUUGUUAAGUAGUUCUUGAAGGGUCACCAAGGGCGCGCGAUAUAAAGAGAGAUGCGAUAUCAAAAUGAUCUUGCAGUAAAUACCUGUUGUGUCACAGUACUUUAUAAGUCAGUGUCAUUUCCCACCAGACAGCGAAAAUGCCAAAUCUUGAGCCCGCUAAGAACAGAAAAGGGGUUCCAAGACCUACUUUUCGGAGGUGAACCAAAGUUCAAUCUCAUGAUUUGAUGUUGCCAACUUUGAGACAUUCCUUAUUCCGUAGAGCUCAGAUCUAUAUCUUCAUAAAAACCGAGAAGAGAUGAUGAUUGAGUGUUUUGAUAUUGAAUUAUCGUCGAGGGGUAUGAUUUUUGAUUUUUCGAUUUUCUCCAAGUCCCUUCUCGGUGCUUCCAAUUUUUGGCUGUGUUACUUUUGUGGAAGGAUCGAAGGAUUAAGAACACCCAAAUCAGAUCUGCAACAUAAACUCAGGAGUGUGAGAAAGUCACGAGUUUCAAUGGUGGUUGGUUGAUUGGGGGAGCGAACUUAUUGAUCCGAGGUUGCUCCGAAUAAAGUCUCAAUUUGGACGACUUCUCUUCGACUAUCAUGCCAGCGUAUGCUGUUUUCGGUCUUGUACAACUGUGCGAUACUUUCUGGGUGCUCUCUGAUUGUUGUUUUGAUGGUGGCAAUUAUUGGUCUCACGACAGAAUUCUAUGCUUCCAUCACCAUGAUACUCCUCAGCAGAACCAGAUAAUCUGCCACAUUAGCAAGAGCGCACUCUUGUGGACUUGCCUGUUCGCUUCUCUAUCCGUGGUGUCAAGUUUUACGAUAUCAUGUUCCGGAGCAUGAGGAAAAGAUCGAGCUGAAGGCUGUCGGCGUGAUUUAGGUCGUGAUUGGUGAUGGAUGAAGCUCGAUGAUGCGGUGGUGCUAAGAUAUCUCAUUCAAAAUUGUAGAAGUGCGGAUAUUCUUCCUGCACCCUAUUACCUUUGGAGUGACGAAAGAGUUAGGUUCCAAGAUGGAAACAAGAAAGGAGAGAAAAAUGACACUCAGUGGGUAUUGAAAAUGGCAUAGAGCGGGCCAACAGUGAAUCAAAUCAAACUCUGUGGGUGAUAAGAAAGAACAGAGGAACAACGGCGCGAUAAAUCAAAUAAAGAGAGAACAAUAAUCAACGAAUCUCAAAGGGUAAUCAAGCACAAUUUCAUAAAGGCAGAGAAAUUCU